AUGACAAAAGCCAGGUACGCCGAGAAAGAGGCUUUGAGGAAAUUCUUAGUGAGUCAGACAGAUGCUGGGAGCGACCUGGACCAAGAUUACUACGGCUCGGGCGGAGUCAUAGUAUUUUGUAUAACUUUCUAUAGUUUGUAUUUGGUAUGUUUUAUAUAGUUGUGGUCUGCUUCUUUUUGUUUUGUAUUACCAGUAUAGCGGUGUCCUGUCCUGUCUAUCAGGCAGGGGCGGUGUGUUCAAUAGGGCGAUAUGGGCGACGCACUGCCAAACGGGAAAAGGAAGGGAUUUUUUUUCUAAUCAAUUAUAUCACGGCAACAGUAGUUAUCAGUGUUGUAAUCUAGACGUCUGAUCUGCCACAGUGCCACUAAAUGUCCAAUCAGGCUAAAGUCGUGCUUCAAAUGCCCCCCCCCCCCCCCCCUUUUGGGGCGAUUUCAGUCAGGUUGAAAAUCGCCCAGAAGUCUGUCAUAGACUCCCAUGUAAAAUCAAUUUUUUUCAAAUAUCAGAGCUUUCAAUACAAUCUCUAUGGGUUUCUGAGGGCUUGCACUUACGCGCUUUCGUCAUACGUAACGUAACCAUGAACGUAACUAAGAAAAGAGCGGGUAGCCUCAUCAAUCAAUUCACGUACUACUAUCAAGAUGGCUAUAGCGUUCAGUGCAACUCGAUUGUCUCUUUGAAAUAAGUUACUUUUUGUCGGCGAACAAAUCAAGAUAAAUUGGCAACGAAACAAUUAGGACCUCCCAGACCAAAUUUAAUAAUUCAACAGGUUUCUACUAAAGGGGGGAAGUCCUACACCCGAGGAUUUUCCAAAAAUUGGUACGAACGAAAAACCUGGCUAGCAGGCUGCGAUGUAGCUAAUGCAGUCUUCUGCUACCCCCCUGCUUACUCUUUCACCCUGAAGGCUGCACGGCAGACAGCACCGCUUGGACAGCGACUGGUGUGUAACGGACAUGCACCAUCUUUCAGGAAAGAUUAAGAAACAUGAGCUGUCAAAGACCCACAUGGAUAGCUGUUUGAGAUUGUUUGCUUUGGGGAGAGUGAACAUUCCCACUCAACUGGAUGAGGGAUACAGGCUAGCUGUCCGCCGCCACAACGAUGAGGUUAGUGUUGAUAAUCACAAGUUUACUGGAGAACUGAAACUGACAAGGCUGACAAGAUAGGACCCUUUUGUCCAUUGUUAUUGGAUAGGAACAGAACUUAUAACCAGCUCCUGACCUAAAUAGAUCUUAGCACAACAUUUUACUCAACAUAUCAUAUUCCAUAUUCACUAUAACAAAUAUAUUUACUACGACAUUAGCAAGAACCGCCACAUCCUCAGCCGGCUAAUCCAGUGUGUGAAGUUUUGCGGAGUGUUUGAGUUAGCUUUGCGAGGCAAAGAUGAAACUGAGGGCUCCACCAACCCUGGUAAGCCAACACUUUUGAGAUCAGUCAAUAAAUGCUUCUGGUAUUGACUUAUAUGCUGCCCCUGUCUUCAUGUUGUUGCUGGACAUAUCUUUUUUUAAAUGUGUGUAGGUCACCUAAAUCAUCAGAAAAAUUGCCCCCCCUGAGAAUUUUUUCAGGAGCCGCCACUGCUAUCAGGUGUCCUGUCCUGUCUAUCAGGUGUCCUGUCCUGUCUAUCAGCUAUCCUGUCCUGUGUAGCCUAUAUCCUGUCUAUCAUUCCAAAGUAGAUACAUUUCACAUUAGUUUGCUGGUAAAAGUUGGAUAUAUUCUGUGUAACUUUGGAGAGGCCACCAAAUUCUCAUGACCAUUGUUACUGUCUCUAAAGGUAGGCUACCUGUGUCUCAACUGUUUGCUUUGUAUAGGUUAGUAUAUUGCUUUUACAUUACAGUAAUGUUGUUUUGUUAUAGUUGUGGUCUGCUUUUUGUUGUUUUGAACUGUAUGUAUAGCCUACAUACAGUAUAGGCCUAUGUAACUGUGUCCUGUUUGUGCAAUAUUUCUAAUUAGUUUUCCACUGGGAGGCAGGGGUGUAGGCAUGGGUGGGGCUGGGUGGACACAGGCCCACCCACUGGGGAGCCAGGCCCUGCCAGGCCCACCCAAUCAGAUUGAGCAAAAAACAAAAAAAUAAUACAUUAUGUUGCUCUACAACAUUCGGAGAGUACGACCCUGCCUUACACAGGAAGCGGCACAGGUCCUAAUCCAGGCACUUGUCAUCUCCCGUCUGGAUUACUGCAACUCGCUGUUGGCUGGGCUCCCUGCCUGUGCCAUUAAACCCCUACAACUCAUCCAGAAUGCCGCAGCCCGUCUGGUGUUCAACCUUCCCAAGUUCUCUCACGUCACCCCGCUCCUCCGCACACUCCACUGGCUUCCAGUUGAAGCUCGCAUCUGCUACAAGACCAUGGUGCUUGCCUACGGAGCUGUGAGGGGAACGGCACCUCCGUACCUUCAGGCUCUGAUCAGUCCCUACACCCAAACGAGGGCAUUGCGUUCAUCCAGCUCUGGCCUGCUGGCCCCCCUACCUCUACGGAAGCACAGUUCCCGCUCAGCCCAGUCAAAACUGUUCGCUGCUCUGGCACCCCAAUGGUGGAACAAGCUCCCUCACGACGCCAGGACAGCGGAGUCACUCACCACCUUCCGGAGACACUUGAAACCCCACCUCUUUAAGGAAUACCUGGGAUAGGACAAAGUAAUCCUUCUACCCCCCCCCCCCCCCCCCCCCCCCAAAAAAAAGAAAAAACAUAUUGUAAAGUGGUUAUCCCACUAGCUAUAAGGUGAAUGCACCAAUUUGUAAGUCGCUCUGGAUAAGAGCGUCUGCUAAAUUAUGUAAAUGUGAAUGUACUACAAAAAUAUGGAGGCUGGUGGGAGGAGCUAUAGGAGGACAGGCUCAUUAAUGGCUGGAAUGGAGCGGUCUCAAACAUCAAACAUGGAAACCAUUUGACUCUGUUCCAUUUAUUCCAUUCCAGCCAUUAAUGAGCCUGUCCUCCUAUAGCUCCUCCCACCAGCCUCCUCUGGUGUACAGUAAGUGUGUAUUUUGCAUCUAGGAAAUUAUUUUGAUGUGAUAUGAAAGUACAGGGCUUUAUGUUUCUAGAACCAUACUGCAAUUGAGAAUCGAUUCACAUUUAGAUAGAGUAUUUGGCUGUUUUGGCUGUCAGGGCCAAUUUGCCUCUAAACAGAACAUGAAAGGUCCUUAUAAGGAUUAAUGUUAGACUCCUUUAGUCCAUUCUUGGUAGCCAUUUGUCUUCUGUAGCCUUCUUGCUAAUAAUAUGACAUAGCUAAGGUAGUGUUGUUUAACAGUUAUACUGUAUAUAUUACUACUUACCAGUCACUCAGAUGUAUAAGGUCUGUCUGUGCACAUUCAAUCCUAGGUGGUUUCAGUUGCAGUGCAUGUUUGAGAUUUACACGAGGGUCCAAUAUGGAACAUUCCAAACAUCCAAGGUAAGUGUGUAAAAGUUAUGUCUCUCUAAAAUGAUUCAUGAAAAUGUUAAUUUCCCACUAUCUUGUAGGGUUUGUCUUUCCUGGACUUGCGAUACCAGCUGCUGCUGUUUUACCUACAAGAUGUCACUGACCUGAUCAGUCUCAAAUUAGAGGGUGGUAGUGUGAAAGACAAUGGCACACUUCACAGACUGGUCACCCUUCAUAGACUGGUCGCCCUUCACAGACUGGUCACCCUUCACAGACUGGUCACCCUUCACAGACUGGUCACCCUUCACAGACUGGUCACCCUUCACAGACUGGUCACCCUUCACAGACUGGUCACCCUUCACAGACUGGUCACCCUUCACAGACUGGUCACCCUUCACAGACUGGUCACCCUUCACAGACUGGUCACCCUUCACAGACUGGUCACCCUUCACAGACUGGUCACCGUUAGAACAGUAAGAUGCCCUCAUUUCCAAAAAUGCAAUUCAAAAUCGAAAAGACGCCGUUUGUUGUUUUGUGAUGUAUUGUUGUUGUAUUUCUGUGCAUCUUGGGACCGUAUAAAAGUUCAGUAAAGGACAGUAAGAUGGCUUCAUUUCCACCUCCUGGCAUCUCAAUCUGUGUGAAAUGAAUACAAUUAUAUCAUUAUUGUUCAUUUUGUUUCGUUGCUCCCUAUGGCAGAAUAAAAUCUGGUUUGUGCAACAGCUUCUGAAUGUCUUUACCUUAAAAUGUUUUAUUUCAUGCCAAAGCUAAGUGAAUCAGAAGACUGAGGGUGAAAAUGGAGAGAAGGCUGAAGGCGCUGAGAAAAGUACCAUCUAGUGGCAAGAAACAUGAUCCCCCAAGAUUGCUCCAAUGCACUAUGGUAAUCAAAUCAAAUCAAAUCGUAUUUGUCACAUUCGCCGAAUACAACAGGUGUAGACCUUACCGUGAAAUUCUUAAUUACAAGCCCUUAACCAACAAUGCGGUUCAAGAAAGAGUUAAGAAAAUAUUUACUAAAUAAACAAAAGUUUAAAAAAUUGCAAUAAAAAGUAACACAAUAAAAUAACAAUAACGAGGCUAUGUACAGGGGGUACCGGUACCAAGUCAAUGUGAGGGGGUAGAGGUUAGUCGAGGUAGUUUGUACAUGUAGGUAGGGGUAAAGGGACUAUGCAUAGAUAACAAACAACGUAAAUAGUCCGGGGGCCAAUAUAAUGUUAAUAUAACACUAUUUCCUCUUCUGCUGUUGAAUCUUAUGUAGUCAUCCCCUCUUAAAAACAUACCCAAAUCUUCCCAAAGCUGCAAUAUUUCUGUGAUGUGUGAUUUGACAAAACCAUGGCUGUGAUGUAUAAGAUGUACAGUUGAAGUCAGAAGUUUCCAUACACCUUAGCCAAAUACAUUUAAACUCAGUUUUUCACAAAUCUUGACAUUUAAUCCUAGUAAAAAUGUCCUGUCUUAGGUCAGUUAGGACCACCACUUUAUUUUAAGAAUGUGAAAUGUCAGAAUAAUAGUAGAGAGAAUGAUUUAUUUCAGCUUUUAUUUCUUUCAUCACAUUCCCAGUGGGUCAGAAGUUUACAUACACUCAAUUAGUAUUUGGUAGCAUUGCCUUUAAAUUGUUUAACUUGGGUCAAAUGUUUCGGGUAGCCUUCCACAAGCUUCCCACAAUAAGUUGGGUGAAUUUUGGCCCAUUCCUCCUGACAGAGCUGGUGUAACUGAGUCAGGUUUGUAGGCCUCCUUGCUCGCACACGCUUUUUCAGUUCUGCCCACACAUUUUCUAUAGGAUUGAGGUCAGGCUUUGCGAUGGCCACUCCAAUACCUUGACUUUGUUGUCCUUAAGCCAUUUUGCCACAACUUUGGAAGUAUGCUUGGGGUCAUUGUCCAUUUGGAAGACCCAUUUGCGACCAAGCUUUAACUUCCUGACUGAUGUCUUGACAUGUUGCUUCAAUAUAUCCACAUAAUCUUCCUACCUCAUGAUGCCAUCUAUUUUGUGAAGUGCACCAGUCACUCCUGCAGCAAAGCACCCCCACAGCAUGAUGCUGCCACCUCCGUGCUUCACGGUUGGGAUCGUGUUCUUCGGCUUGCAAGCUGCCGCGUUUUUCCUCCAAACAUAACGAUGGUCAUUAUGGCCAAGCAGUUCAAUUUUUGUUUCAUCAGACCAGAGGACAUUUCUCCAAAAAGUAUGAUCUUUGUCCCCAUGUGCAGUUGCAAACCGUAGUCUGGCUUUUUUAUGGCGUUUUUUGAGCAGUGGCUUCUUCCUUGCUGAGCGGCCUUUCAGGUUAUGUCGAUAUAGGACUCGUUUUACUGUGGAUAUAGAUACUUUUGUACCCGUUUCCUCCAGCAUCUUCACAAGGUCCUUUGCUGCUGUUCUGGGAUUGAUUUGCACUUUUCGCACCAAAGUACGUUCAUCUCUAGGAGACAGAACGCGUCUCCUUCCUGAGCGGUAUGACGGCUGCGUGGUCCCAUGGUGUUUAUACUUGCGUACUAUUGUUUGUACAGAUGAACGUGGAACAUUCGGGCGUUUGGAAAUUGCUCCCAAAGAUGAACCAGACUUGUGGAGAUCUACAAAAAAAAUUCUGAGGUCUUGGCUGAUUUCUUUAGAUUUUCCCAUGAUGUCAAGCAAAGAGGCACUGAGUUUGAAGGUAGGCCUUGAAAUACAUCCACAGGUACACCUCCAAUUGAAUCAAAUUAUGUCAAUUAGCCUAUCAGAAGCUUCUAAAGCCAUGACAUCAUUUUCUGUAAUUUUCCAAGCUGUUUAAAGGCACAGUCAACUUAGUGUAUAUAAACUUCUGACCCACUGGAAUUGUGAUACAGUGAAUUCUAAGUGAAAUAAUCUGUCUGUAAACAAUUGUUGGAAAAAUUACUUGUGUCAUGCACAAAGUAGAUGUCCUAACCGACUUGUAAACUUCCGACUUCAACUGUAUCUUUACCUGACCCACGGAUGGAGACAUGACCGACGCAGACAAAAAGCAGAGGUGUGCCGACCUCCACAGCUCUGUGAUCCAGGAGCUCCGGCAGCAGUACAGCGACACUCCUGUAGAGAUCCGCCACCACAGGGACUUCAAGACCGAGACAGAGCCGAGAGCAGCUGCACAGGUCAGUGCUGUCAUCAUCAGACAUAUUCAUCACAUAAUCAUCGAUAAGAUUGUUAUUGACACGUUUCUCAUUUAACUGUGUAGUACUACCAUAGUUUUAGUCCUCUCAUUUGGUCCCUUCAUGUAAUUAAUUUUUCUUCCUUCAGGUAAAACUUUGAGUCAAUGAUGGUGCGUCUGCAAGUGCCCCGAAAUGAGAGAAAUGCUAAGAUGAGGCAUGAAUGCUAGGAAUGUCUGGUCAGCUGAGUGGCAUCCCAUGGUUCAGUGACAUCACAGCCCUGAAGGGCGGAGAGGGACACGCCAGUAUUCUACAGGUCACUCCUUACUGCCAUCCAGUGAUCGAUAAUAUAAUAUACACAGUGUACAAAACAUUAAGAACACUGAGUUGCACCCCCCCUAUUUUGCCCUCAGAACAGCCUCAGUUCAUCGGGGCAUGGACUCUACAAGGUGUCGAAAGCGUUCCACAGUGAUGCCGGCCCAUGUUGACUCCAAUGCUUCCCACAGUUGUGUCAAGUUGGCUGGAUGUCCUUUGGUUGGUGGACCAUUCUUGAUAUACACGGGAAACUGUGGAGCGUGAAAAACCCCAGCAGCUUUGCAGUUCUUGACACACUCAAACUGCUUUGCCUGGCACCUAGUACCACACCCCAUUCAAAGGCACUUAAAUAUUUUGUCUUGCCCAUUCACCUUCUGAAUGGCGCAAACACACACACAAUCCAUGUCUCAAGGCUUAAAAAUCAUUCUUUAACCUGUCUCUUCCCCUUCAUCUACACUGAUUGAAGUGGAUUUAACAAGUGACAUCAAUUAGGGAUCAUAGCUUUCACCUGGUCAGUCUGUCAGGGAAAGAGCAGGUGUUGAUGUUUUGUAGACAUAUGCCAUUUAGCAGACUCUUUUAUCCAAAUCACCGUAGUCAUGCGCGCAUACAUUUUUACGUCCAGGGAAUAAUAAUUGGCACACUUAAGAUUUAUUCUCCUUAGGGAUGAUGGCCCAUGUUGGACGAUAUUAACCCCAACGUUUUCUGUCCCCCCCUUCAAGACAUGGAUAACCCUGGGCCCAAGAAGAAACUAAUGAAGAAAACAAAAAGUUGCGUGUUUUGUGUUUAACAUCGCCAGGACAUCAGUGAUUUCUUUCUUCCAUUGUUUUUAAUGAUAAAUUGUGAAUUCAAUUUCAAUUACUCACAUCAUUGAUUCUCAAUGUUAGACCAUUUUACUUGGAGUGCAGGGAUUAUCCGUCAUUCUUUACCUGCGGCUUUCAGAAGAUAAGAUCAGUAACGGAAACCUAAAACCACACAAAGCAGGAUGAAGAUUGAGGUUUUCUGAUAAAUGGGACGAUUCACUUGGAAUAGCUUUUCGUGAUUGUUGGUGCUCAAAUCAUGUGUAUCAAAGGAGGAUUUUACCCCCAUGAAUGUCAAGUUUUCAAUAUCAUGGAUGCCCAAAAUCCAUUUGAAUACCCAAAUUCCCCCCAAUUUGGAAUGCACAGAGCGGAUUCAUUUUCCUUGGGCAUUAACUAAAUGUCACUAGUUAAGUCACACCCUUUCAGGAUAUAGAAUUUUUGUUUUGUUUUACGUGAAUUCAAUUUGAGGGACUGAAUCAAACAUGGUCUAAUAAAAAUGUUACACAUUUAUCCCUACCGAAUUCACUCUCAAAUUCAAGUGUAUUGUUGAAAUAUGUUCUAAUUUUUUAAAACAUUUUUAGUCAUUUAGCAGACGCUCUUAUCCAGAGCAACUUACAGGAGCAAUUCGGGUAAAGUGCCUUGCUCAAGGGCACAGACAGAUUUUUCACCUAGUCGGCUCGGGGAUUAGAACCAGCGACCUUUCGGUUACUGGCACAACACUCUUAACCGCUAAGCUACCUGCCGCCCCCAUCUCGAACAUUAACUCAUUGUUCUUUAAAUACCUUAUUUCUUGUGGCAUAAGAGCCUAUUAGCUAGAUUUGUUUAUUUACAAGUAUUUGAUUGAGUUUCUUCCUAAGAUAACAUCUUAUUCACUGCUUUGUAAUAAUAAUAAUAAUAAUAAUACAGAAAGGUAUGAACACUUAAAAAAUGCAAUUGGCUUGACACGUUCAACUAAAACAUUUAAAAUAGUUAGAAUGGUCAUUCUACCUCAUAGGGGUGUUAGGCUCCUGUAUGUUAUUAAAGAGGGUACUGAAGAAGACGAGCCUAAAACGACAACAUUUAAAGCUGCAAUACGUAACCAUUUGGGUGACCCGGCCAAAUUCACAUAGAAAUGUGAGUUAUAGAUCUGUAUUUGUCUAAGAAGCAGCAGAUCUGUUCUAUGUGCGCUAUUUAUGAUUCCAAUUCUUAAGUUUUGUUUGUACAUAUUUUACACCAGCUUCAAACUGCUGAAAACACAAUAUUUUGGGUUAUGGAAAAUAUAUUUCACAGCCAUUUAGAGAUGGUACAAUUUCGUCAAACUGAAAUUAGGCGAACUAUUAGAAUUUUAGCAACCAGGAAAUGGCAGAGCGAUUUCUGCAUAGUGCACUUUUAAAGAAUUGAAGGAAAGCAAGGAAGACAUUUGAAACUAUACUGAUAUUAAAAACACUGCAGAAUGUCAGUCAUUAGGUUCAGAAUUCUCCCAGCUUAACUUUCAAGAACCAAUUAUUAAAUGCUUUGCAACUAGGGUCAAAAAUCACAAACAAAUGAAUAAUUUUUACACAACGUCUUUAUUUUAUUUUUUUGUUCUAAUUACAGACUCAUGGGUUAAAAAUAAAAAAAAAGCAAAACAUCUUUUUUUUGUUUAACCCACUCUCCCGUUUCAAAAAAUUCAAACCUCUCCACACAAACCCACCCCCUACCCCCCCCCCUAAAAUAAAAGCUCCGCCCCUCUCGGCUAUUAAAUUAAUUGAUGCCUUUAUCCCCACUCCUGGUCCUCAACAAGCCGUUGCUGCACUAUGCACUGUCAAAGUCGGGGCCAGGGCCCUGGAACCCCCCCCACCCUUUCUCUGGUCCUGUCUUUCUCACUCCCAAUUAAAACAGCUGCUGCCAUCUUGACUUCUAGCUCUCGCUAUAUAAAUAUGUGUGGUGGUUGGUUGUGUGGUGUCUGUGAAGUGUGUGGGCCUAGUAUGUGUGCCUAGUAUGUGUGAGUGCGUGUGGGAGAGUAAGUCAACUCAACGCUUGUUGUAGUAAAUGCCCCCUGCGGUGGCCCUGUGGUCACCCUGACCCCCUCCCCCCCACACAGACAAGAUGGGGUGAGUGUGCAUAGCAGGAGCAGAGAGAGAGAGAGACCCUGCCGAGACAUUGGGGGGUGCCGCGGCCACCGGAGGAGGGGUUGUCAGCCUCCACUGGUCCUGAAACCUGAAACGACAAGAAGUGGUCUAAUAUACAGAGAGAGAAGAGAAGGAGAAAGAAAUGAGAGAGGGACAUGGAGAGGAAGAGGUGAAGGACAAAACGGUAGUAGCAGCACAGAAAGGCAGAGGGUCGCAAGAAGAGGGGGGGAAAGGUUGAGGCCCACAAAAAAACUCAACCGAAAAGUCGGCAGAGCUCUGGCCAUGCCUUCCUGGCGUGAAUGCUACGGGCUAAAAGGGAAGGGACAAUAGGAAAAAAUAAAAAUCACCCUCUGAACAGCAGUCACAGCUAUACUGAACACAAAGAGAGCGUGGGAUGGAACCAGAGGGAGAAGAUGGUAGCAAAAGUGAUGAGUUAAGGGGUGGGGUGAGUGGCAACUGAUCAGAGAGAGAAAAGGGAGUGAAACUCCCAACACCACAACUUCAAAAAUAAACAACAACAUUCUUGCUCUUGGAAGUUUAACAUGUACGGUACAUAAAAAUAAAAAAAACUGAUUCCUUUCUCGUCGAUGCGUUUGCUUUUCGAAUGCAAGCAUUUUGGGGGCUGUGUUGGGUGUGAGGGUCACAGCCAGACAAAGGAGACAAAUCUGCAGCCUGAGAUGACAUCUUCUCAAAAAAGAAAUGCCACCAAAUCUCCCAACGGCCAUCAUAUACCUUACCAGGGUGACCGCACCACCUUCACACACGCACGCUCACACACAAUCGCACACUGUGGCCAGUCAGUCUGUCUGUCCAGGAGAAGUUUUUUUUUUUUUUUUUCAUUUUUUUUUUUUUCUCUUCUCAGUGUUUUCCUGGGACUUUUUUUUUCAUUCUUUUUUUGUUUGGGGACGGGGGGGUGAUAGUAGGGGGUGGGGGGGGGUAUUAGUAAGGGGAAUACCACGAUGUUGUUCGCCCUCGGCCCCUGGAAAAGAGAGAGAAAAAGAGUGUGAGUUUCUUGAUUGCCUUAAAAAGACGGACACCAAUUUUAGGGUAUGUAGUGUGCUUAUGUAUGUGGGCAGGUAGAACGGGGGCCUGGUGAGAACUCAAUCCUUGAGGUAAACUGGGGGGAAAAUGUAUGCAUGAAUAAUUGUUUAAGUAUACACAAAUUGUUGGUAGGAUGACAUGUAUACCAUCUUAAUGGUAUUGUGCCUUUCUUUGAUAAGUGUUGAAUUACCACAAUUUCAAUCAUUAUAAAUAAGAAUUAACAGUACAGAAAGAAGCAGAGACCAGCUUCGCCAACAGUAAAAUAUCUGUAACUCUCAGAUUAUACAGGACUAUAGAAAUAAUGGUGUGGGGGACAGUGAGGCACUCUCUCCCUCUUUCUCUCUCUCUCUCUCUCUUUCUCUCUCUCUCUGCGAGAGCGGCUCCCGAGGACGCUGUUGGGAGAGACCCUGAGGACAGAAGCCUCCAUCCCACCCCACAGAAUAGUCAUAAAGUCAUUCACAUGGCACAUGCUAUAGGAAGGGCCACACACAUAUAGCUUCAGCAAGCAGACAAGCAGACUUGACUGACCCCUUCUCCUGAUAACCUGGACUGCCCCAUCACUCAAUCACCACACAUCGCUUUUCCACUCACACACCAGGGUUUCCGCUAGGACAAUGUGGAGCCGGACAUUUGACCGGCAACAUUUUAAAUUUACCGGACGUUUGAGAACUGUACCGGAACCGUAUGCAUUGGGUGUGCGUGACCUGAUUAAGGCGUCCACACACAGCAAUCAAAAAAUGACAGAAAUCACAUUUUGAAUAUGGUAAUUCAUAUUAACAGAACAACAAGACGAGUAACGAACAGCAAAAUCACUAGCCUGUGUCAAUCUACUGUAGUAGAAAAGUUUAGGCUACCUACUCUUUUGGCCAGUUUGUCGAGAAAGAAACAGCCUAUUCCAAACAGACUCUGGGACAGUUGUGGGACGAAAGAUCCCAAAUUCAUACAACCAGUAGGCCUAGGCUACAUUUAAAAAAAACAUUAAAAAACAGUGAGUCUGAUGUAACAGAUCAGAACGUUUUGCUUAAAAUGUUGAUUAACUAUUAUUUCUGAACAUUAUCAGCUCAGCAAUGUGCACAAGGCUGUAGGCUACGAACAAAUGUUAAUCUGAGUGGCGCACUAGAGAUCCUGGUUCGAAUCCAGGCUCUGUCGUAGCCGGCCGCGACCUGGAGACCCAUGGGGCGGCGCACAAUUGGCCCAGGGUAGGGGAGGGAAUGGCCGGCAGGGAUGUAGCUCAGUUGGUAGAGCAUGGCGUUUGCAAUGCCAGGGUUGUGGGAUCGAUUCCCACGGGGGGGCCAGUAUGAAAAAAAUAAAGUAUGCACUCACUAACUGUAAGUCGCUCUGGAUAAGAGCGUCUGCUAAAUGACUAAAAAAAAAAAAAUAAUUGGCAGGAAAACACUGUUGUAAAAAGGGCAAUGCACACGGGAGCGGUUUCAUGUGACAUGAUAUCGGUUAGAACUUUAGAGAGAUCUAAUAGGCUACUUUGAAGCAAGGUAAAACACGCCUCAUAAUAUGUAGUAAAACAUUCAGUUUUCAAACAAUGAAGUAUAUAUGUUUUCAAAAUGCAUACCGCCUCCAGCCCAUUGCAAAGUGGAGUGACGCACUGCGGAAGCCUGCCUUUCGUUGCCGUUUGACACCGUGUUUAAAACAACUGGGGAAAAUGGAAAUCUCAUGACUGGGAAAAAUACGACCUCCAACUGGGAAAAAUCAUUUUGAACGGUCAUCCAACUCGGAAUCUCUGGCCUCUUUCUAGAUCUCCGACCUGAAGAUCACUGACGUCAUGAUUUGACAUCGUAUUCCCAGUUGUCUUGAAAGCACCACAAAGAUGCAGUGGCAGCUCUUGCUCGGUCUGACAGAUCCACUCAAAGGCUCUGUAUCUGUACGGUGUGAUAAAUAACAUACAAAAUGUAUAUAUACACUGUACACACCCGCCAAUUCCACUAAAUUAUACAAAUUAACCUAUAGACCAAUAAGCAUGACCAGUCAAAUGUAUUUACAUCGACUGGUAUUUACAUAAAUUAAUAGGCAAAAAAAAGCAUUUCGCAAUGGGAUUUUUUCAUUCUCCCGGACAACUGGCCAGCACCAAUUUUAUUUAUCAGCUUUUCAACAAACAAACAAAUUAUAGACAAAAGCUGGUUAUUACCAGCUAACGGAAACCCUGUCACACACGCACACCACGACUGUCAAACCCAGGCAUCCAGUGCCCACAAACACACAGGUCACAUGAGUAGAAACCAGUGGUUAGAAUGCUGAGGUCAAAAUCAGGCUGCAGGAAUGAACCCUUCAUUCUGGAAGUGAAGGCAGUGGGUGGAACAUCUAGCCUGUGGGUCUGCUGCACCAAUGUGUAGUUAACAACAGAGUUGGCUUUAGCAACAAGGCAAAGCAUCCGGACACUUGCUUUUCGUCUCCCUAUAGUGGGCCACCCAUUCCUAGGCUAGUCUAUGUCUGAGCUAUGUGUAUGAGCCAUCUGAGUGCAGGGGGCAUGAGAUUCUGAAUGGCACCAAACAAUUUACACUCACAGGAUGUCAUCCGUACAAUUGUGCUAAAUAGGACCUUACAGAUUCAAAGUUUUGCCCCUCUAAAAGAUCUUAUCAUUCAGUGAUUGACAAUCAUUUCAGAAGCUCUCACAGAGGGGCCAAUGAGGCACUACUACACAUUACUAACUCUGACACCAUUGGUCUAGUGAGUGGAAAGGUUGGUCCAUUGGUCAGAAUCUCUCAGUGCAUGUCAGUUGGUGAGGAUGCUCAUUGUGCUUGCUCUGCAGCCCCUCUUCUCAGCAAUGCUUCUAAAAACAGGACAUGGGCCCAGAGACAGAGCUCCAGCGUGAGGCCCACUUUGAGCGCUCAAUGAGUCAUCACGGGAACCCCCCUCUCACCUCACACUGAGAGACACUGGACACACACUCCAGGGAGACACACCAGACUCCCAGUGCACAGCGCUUUGAUCCACUCCAGGUUUUACAUACAUAGGGGGCAAGCUUUUGUACAGAUUGAAAACAAAUCCAGAUACCAGGGGUGUUGCUUUUGAAAGGUCACAGGCAAAAAACACAGCUCUGGAGCAGCUGGCCCAGAACAGGUGAACACACACAAACACCGCGUUGAUGAAAUGGAACACAGGAUGGAUACAGGCUACUACUUUUAACUGUACAUCAAGACAACUGAACUAUAUCACAGAUAUACACACACACACUCAUGCCAAUUAAUGUUUAAGCAACAAUGCUAACAUGUCUACAAAGAUGAACUUCUUUAAAAUGGAGGCCAUCCAUGGUACACUCAAGACAGCAAUCUGCAUUUAAAUCUAUACGGCAUCUUAAUGAUCCUUAUGAUUGCAUUAUAAAAUUCUAAAAUGGAAUCCAACCAUUAGCACUGAACAAAUGAGAACAUAAAAUCUGACAUUUAAGUGAAACUUUGCCUGUCACCUUUAGUAUUAAUGAGCAGCCACUGUGGGAGAGAUGACCCCUCACAGUCAACAGUGGGUAUACGUAAUGUAGUUCCAAGUCAUACAAACAGCCUGCCUCCCAUACAUGUACAGCCUGGGAGGACCUCACUGCUGUGGACUGAGAGUUCAGCUGCCUCCUCUGAAACGGUUGUAGGCGGUGCAUGCAACAAGACCACCACACACACACACCGACGAACCUACCCGACUCCCUCCCACCGGUCUCUCUUAGCUCUCCACUCACCAUAACCCCACUAAAGGAAAGCUCUCCACUCACCAUAACCCCACUAAAGGAAACCUCCCCACUCACCAUAACCCCACUAAAGGAAACCUCUCCACUCACCAUAACCCCACUAAAGGAAACCUCUCCACUCACCAUAACCCCACUAAAGGAAACCUCUCCUCCACUCACCAUAACCCCACUAAAGGAAACCUCUCCACUCACCAUAACCCCACUAAAGGAAACCUCUCCACUCACCAUAACCCCACUAAAGGAAACCUCUCCUCCACUCACCAUAACCCCACUAAAGGAAACCUCUCCUCCACUCACCAUAACCCCACUAAAGGAAACCUCUCCUCCACUCACCAUAACCCCACUAAAGGAAACCUCUCCUCCACUCACCAUAACCCCACUAAAGGAAACCUCUCCACUCACCAUAACCCCACUAAAGGAAACCUCUCCACUCACCAUAACCCCACUAAAGGAAACCUCCCCACUCACCAUAACCCCACUAAAGGAAACCUCUCCACUCACCAUAACCCCACUAAAGGAAACCUCUCCACUCAUCAUAACCCCACUGUAAAGGAAACCUCCCCACUCACCAUAACCCCACUAAAGGAAACCUCUCCACUCACCAUAACCCCACUGUAA